AUGCUUCUAUUCCACUCCAGUUUGAUAAUCACUCAAAAUAUCCCUGUUGAAAACGCGUCCCAACCAAAGAGCAUUUUCAUACUCGCCGGACAAAGCAACAUGGCUGGAAGAGGAGGUGUUACAGGUGAAACAUGGGACGGAUUUGUCCCUCCUCAGUGCCAACCCAAUCCCAGAAUCCUCCGGCUGAGUGUGGGGCUCCAGUGGGAGGUAGCCACGGAGCCUCUCCAUCGUGAUAUAGACACGGGAAAGCUCUGCGGGGUUGGGCCCGGGAUGGCCUUCUCCAACUCGGUCCUCGAGAUAGACCCGGGUAUAGGGGUGGUGGGCUUGGUCCCCUGCGCUGCCGGGGGGACCAACAUAACAGAGUGGAGGCGGGGCAGACCUCUGUACAAUCGGGUAUUGAGGCGGGCACAGGCAGCGUUGCACGGUGGAGGCGGCCUUAUCCGGGCCCUUCUCUGGUACCAGGGCGAGAGUGACACAGGGACCCACCAGGAUGCUGAAUUGUACAAGAGGAGGUUGGAAAAGUUUUUCCAGGAAAUUCGGUCAGAUUUGCUUUCUCCUUAUCUGCCCGUGAUCCAGGUGGCGUUGGCAUCAGGGGAAGGGCCUUAUGUAGAUGUGGUAAGAAGAGCACAGACCGAGAUUAGGCUUCCCAACGUGAGAUGUGUGGAUGCGAAGGGGCUGCAGCUGGAGGCUGAUGGGCUGCAUCUAAGCACGCUCGCUCAAGUCCACCUCGGUCGCAUCAUGGCUGAUGACUUUCUCAAAAUUACGGUUCCUCUUCCUGUGCAACGGACCAGUGCUGCCCCCAAGAGAUGGAUAGAAAAUUGA